CUUCUGGAGUCUCCUCAUCAUCAUUGAAGCUUGUAUACCGCUCGAUCAUUCUUUCAGGAUGGCAAGAUCCGAGAAACUUUUCUCCUUAUGUAUUGCGAUCCAAAUUUUCUCCUGCUUUGCUGAUCAAUUGUUCUUGAGCAUUGACUGCGGAGGAACUGGCAACCGCAUCGAUGGGACAGGCAUCAAAUGGGUGGGCGACGACGGUUACAUUAUGACAGGGAAAGCUGCCCAAGUCCAGAAUUCCAGUAUAUAUUCCCAAGAGCUCAACAGCCUCCGCUACUUUCCCUCCCAGAAGAAAAGCUGCUAUGUGAUAGCAGGGGUAGCCACGGGCAAGAAACACAUGGUUCGGGCAUCCUUCUUCUAUGGCAACUACGACGGCAAGUCAUCGCCACCUUCCUUCAAUCUUCAAUUCGAUGGCAACACUUGGGUGACUCUGCACACUUCUUCUACCGACGCCUAUUAUUGGGAAGUAAUAUAUGGACCCAAGGGAGACAAGAUCAGCGUCUGUGUUGCUUGGACAUCGCCCGACCAGAUUCCUUUCAUCUCCACUCUUGAAAUCAGGGAAUUUGAGCCGAGCAUGUACGAAACGGACGACCAAGAAGACGUUCUUCUGCGAAGGAGCAGGAUAGCCUUCGGAGCGAAGGCCUGGGUGAGCUACCCGGAUGACCCUUAUGAUCGUUGGUGGCAUCCAAGUGGUAAGAUCGAGGGCGUGGUUACUGUGGCGAGAGAUAACAUGAGCUUCAUCCAAAACUUCACGGAUAUUCCGGGGAAGGCUUUGGUCCACGCCAUAACCCCAGCUUCGAGUAAGGCAAGGAAUCUGACAGUGCCAACUUCAGGAAUAUUUUCGGAGGAUGCUACCUAUUACUUCAUUUUCUAUUUCAUGGAAGUGUUACGGGCGGCUUCUCGAAAGAAUAGCAGGUCCUUCAUUUUCCUUGUUAAUGGCAACGGAAAUAAAAGUGAUCCUAUAGUCCCUGAUUAUGGGUCGUUUGUGACUGAGCUCUACAGUCACGGUUAUUACUUGACUGCUGGAUCGAACAUUUCCUUGGUCAACACAGCUAAUGCAUCCCUUCCUCCAAUCCUCAACGCAAUGGAAGUUUUCAAGGUCCAGCGAGGACUCGCUAAUGGAACCAACGCACAUGAUGUGAACGCAUUGGUGAUGUUACAGGAACAAUAUCAACAACUUCAACUGUGGGCAGGCGAUCCAUGCCUUCCCGUAGGGUUCACCUGGGAUUGGCUCAGUUGCAAUGCUGAUGAUCCACCACGUGUUACUGAACUGCAUCUUAGUGGAUCGGGCUUGGAAGGCACCCUUCUGGACUUCAGCAGCCUGACUUCACUUGAGAUAAUUGACUUGAGUAACAACAGCUUGAAUGGACAAAUUCCAAACUUCUUGGGGACAUUUCCUUCCUUGAAAGAGUUGAACCUGGCAUACAAUAAUUUCACUGGACCUUUACCGACAUCUUUGAAAGGCAAUAAAAAGAUACAACUAAAUAUAACAGGAAACAAGAUCAAAGAUGACCCAAUUCCGCCGCCACCAAAUGGUGGAAGAAAUAUGAAGCCGAUCAUCAUUGGAGUAUCAUUUUGGUCAGUUAUCCUAUUUCUAUUGCUAGUUGGUUGUGUCAUCUAAGCAUGCCUUCAAAUCCAACAUCUCAAGCCAUCACCUGAUGUUGUGAUGGAGAUUAAUGCAGGAAAGAACGACGUGGAUCAGACUUGAAGCUAAAGAUCCAAAUCAUCUCAUCUAUUGGACAUCGGCUUUGAACAAUGCUUUGUUUUCUGUUGAAUAAACUUUUGUUGUAAAAAGAAAGACUGGGAA